CCCACGUGACGCGUGACGCCGGCAGUCUCCCAGGUCCAGUUAUCAUGCGGCCGCCAUUAAGGUUUCUUCUUUAACGGAAACCCCUGUAAAAUGGGCCGUUUGUGAGGUGAGGAUUAUUUGUUUUUUUCCCACCAUAUAGUUAUGGCUUUAUCUCUUUAAGGCGGGUAGACACACCGUUAUAACUAACAGGGAGGCCCGCUGUGGGCUGUUACAUGCGGUGUGCCUAUUGUCACGGUAUACACCGGCCGGGGCCCUGUGUGGCUGUAACUGUGUGUCCGUGUCUGCUGUGAUAUCACGCGGGGUCCCUGCGGUGCGUGCUGGGGAUGCUGUGUGUGAGGAGGAGGGGGAGGAGGUCUGAACUCCCAUUACCCCCCAUUAUAUGGAGCUGCUGUCAGCAAACACUACAUUGCCCAGCAUGCUCUCCGAGCCGGCAUACUGGCAGAGAGCAUCAUGGGAAAUGUAGUUUGACUUAUCAGAUCCAGCAUGUCUCCUGCUUACACACACACACACAAAAAGUGCUACCAUGCUUGUCUGUAGAACUCACAUCCUGCAAUAUGUUUCACUAAUCAGUGGCUUGAUUUUAUCAUUGCAGCAUGUGAAUUCUGUAUACACAAUGUAGCACUCUGCCAAUGCUACCCUUUUUAUGUUUUAAGAGGUGUGUGUCCAGUGAAACAUGGUGAAUGUGACAUCCCUCAAUUUUUAUUAUUGCAGCAUCUGAAUUCUACAUACAACAAGGCAGCACUUUGCAUAGGCUAUCCUUUUGUAUGUUUAAGAGGUAUGUGUAAAGCAAAACAUGGUGAAUGUGACAUCCCUAAAUUUUAUUAUUGCAGCACAUUAAUUCUGCAUACAGCAGAGCAGCACUUUGCAUAUGCUAGCUACACUUUUUAGGUGGUAAGUAGCCAGCAAAACGUUGUGACCUACAUUUAGGGAUGUCUGAUUCAUCAAAAAGGGCUGUACCUAGUUAGGGGGGCAAAGGACUUCAUACUUUCCUAAAUAAUAGUGCAAUGCAUUUUAUUCACUUUGUUAAUGUAAAAUAUUAGUAGGCUACAGAUAACGGACUUUCAAAAACCUAACCAAGAACAGUAUUGAUGCUUCAUUACAUUGUUUUAGAGACUUACAUUUUAUACUCUAUAAAUUGGUUUGUAACUUAUCGUUUCAGAGUGGUUUAUGUUGUUACAAAACCUUCCAGCAUUUCAAAUAGAUUUAUUCCAUGAGGCAUAUGUUUGUUUGAAAUUCUGGGAGUUUUGUGUUUUUAGCAUCAUUGUUUUAGUCAUUUAAAUGUUAGACUAAGCACUCUCCACAAUAAUGCAUGUACUGAAUAUAAAUGUGUGCAUGUAUAUAAUUUUUUGACAAACCCCCCCACCACAUUUUUAUACUAAAUUAUUGCAGAGUUUGAUAGUGCUAUACUUUCAUGUGAAUGAAUGUAUAAACCAGUUAUGAUGAAAUUAUGGAAUGGAUGCAAGUAGUGUCCCUUAGAUAAGUCAGCAAGGCCCUGACAGGGUUAUUAACUAAAGUGAAAAUUCAAAGUGUAUUUCAAUGUGAAAGGAACACUAUAGUGUUAUCAAUACAAAGCUGUAUUCCUAACACCAUGGAACCCUCUGCUCCCACCCCGUGGCAAAUGAAGGGUUAAAAAAAUAUUUUUACACUCGCUCAGGUCCCUCACUGAUGGGUCGGGCUCCUCUGUUGAGUGAAUCAAUGCUCAAGCAAAGCAAGCAUAGUCUCAGAGCACUGUGAGUGUGUUUAACCCCUUAAGGACCAAACUUCUGGAAUAAAAGGGAAUCAUGACAUGUCACACAUGUCAUGUGUCCUUAAGGGGUUAAAGGAGAUCUAUAUUCUUAAUACUAUAGUGCCCUCUGCAAGACAUUGGACAUCAUUGUGCACAGCAUGAGGAUGUCCAGCAUCAAGCUCCUUGUGAUGUUUUGAUAACUUUAAAUUACUGCGAUUCAGUUAAAAAAAAAUAAAAAAAAAAUUCUGUCCUCCGAAAUUUUGUUUUCUAAAGCUCAAGAUUUGCAGUGGAUGUAAAAAAAGAGACAGUUAGUGCAACUGCAUGUAACAAGCAUGUACUGUGGACCAAAUUCAUUAAUAAAGGGCAUUCUAUCUUUCAGAUGCAUCAAAGUGUAGACAUCAGCUGUUUCCUCUGUAGUCUGUUGUGUAUUGAUUCCUUAAGGAAUGCAAUGCAAGAGCAGGUGUAGGGAAAGCUUUGUAGACCAUUGUUCUAUUUAUAAUGAGCGUGUUCUACAUUUAAUUCACAUACAUUUUUUUCUUCUUCUGUGAGCUCUAGACUGUAUGUAAACUUACACAAGGUCUUGUCACAUAAAUAAAUCAUUGCACACUUUGUAUUCAUUCUCAACUGUUUAUUUUUUUUUCUUUCUAAUUUUAUAUAUAAAAAUUGGUAAUUCACUUGGGAUUUAAUUAAAAGGCAUCAACCAUUUCUUCACAUGUGUACAAAAUGCUAAUAAUUAGUGACUUUACAGGUUUAGGCACUCUGGAACAAAAGGAGACAAUGACUGUGCUCAGAGGUGCUUGUUGGUAUUGGAAGUGAAGCUAUAAUUAUACAAAUGUAGGUGCCAUAAGGUGAUGUUCUUAAAUAGAUGCCAUAAGCUGAUCUUUGAGGAUAAAUUAAAAGAAAGAUAGCAGAUGCAGAGACUAAUAAACAUUUUUUUUUUAAAUCUGAAAUGAGAGGGUGGAUGUUUUGGCUUUAUUGAGGCAGAGAGAUUUGUAACAUGUUCACUGGUCUGAGUUAACAUAUUGGUUUAGGCAUGGAUGUGACUUGUGAACAACAUAAGAAUAAUUGGAUUGAAUGAGUUAAGUGGAAUCAGGGGGAUGGGACUAUUGUUGUAGUCAUUAUAUAGGUAGUUUAAUAUGAUAUAUAAAGAACUCUGGAUAAAUCCUGUAUAUGUGAAAUAUUCUACGGGUAAACUAUUGUUUAAAAUUUUUUUUAUACCUUUUUGUGUUUGUUUCCUUUUUGUAACCCCUUCCCCGCAUAAGCGGUCACGUUCCUUCAAUAAGAGGUGUUUUAGUUCUGCAAUCUAAACAUUGCAUAUCUCUAAAAUGGCAAUGUUUUACAUUACAGGAGCAAAACGUCAGGGGCACUUCGCACACACCACUCCAUGAGAUUAGGUGGCCUGGGUGCCUAUUGUGCCUCUUUAAUAAGUAAAGACACUGACGUAACUCACUAGUAAAUAUAAGGGAUUGGUUUUUUUCUUCAUAAAAUGCAGCAUGGCGUACAGUUGUAGCUUAUUAAAAUUUGAAAACGCGUAUCCAGCUUGUUUAAACUCUUCACAUUUAUACUUCUUCCCCUCUUAGAGAACUGUCAAUACUUCUUUAUCAUAGAUGCAUAUUAAUUGAAAAUAUAAUUUUUGGUUAUUGCUCUUGAUAUGUAGUCUAGUAAAUGCUGUUUCUGAGACCAAUGUGCUGGGUUUAUUUCUUUCCUAUAAUAUGGCACGCUAGCCUGACUUCAAGUCCAUUAAAAUGAAUAAACAGAGUCUGAGUAAGCAAUGUGACGAGUACUUGUGAGGGUUUUUAAGGAAAAUUGCUACUCUUGUGACUUGUCAUUUAAAUAAAAUAGAAUUUCAUCUAUAUUCUAUGCUAGCCAAACUGCUUGCUUUUCUGAUGAAAAGUAAGUUCACUAACUACCAAGUGUUUGCAUGCUCCACUAGCCCACCUCUAAAUGACUCAAUGGCAUCCCACAAUGAACACUAUACCCAAUCAAUGGGAACUGUGGGAAUUCUUAUUUUAACAUGGGGAUUUUGCAUCUGAAGGAACACAAUUAGUUUUGGAACUUCAUAUUGGACUAAGAAAUUAUCUUCAGUUAUGUAUACUCCACAAACUCAAGUGCUUUAUUUGUGUGGAGUGUUCCUUUAAUUCUAGAUGUCUUCUGAAAAUCCAGAGGGAGCCAUUCAGAAUACUUUUAAAAUUAUUUUGCUUUCUGUUCUAUCAGAAAUGUUUGGGCCCCUUACAAAUCUCAAGGUCUGGGCACCCAAGUCCGCAUAUUGACACAUGCUUAGUCCGCUCGCAAAGGAUGCAGAGUGUGUGUACUGGUUGAGGAGGGUGUGUAUAGUUGAUGCAGUUGGUGUGUCUGUAAUGUAUAAUUGUGUAAUGGAUUGGAUGCAGUGUGUGUGAGUAGUGGGUGUAUAAUGAAUACAGAGUGUCUGUGUAGUUGCUGUGUGUAUAGUACAUGCAGAGUGUGUUUUUUUUUUUUUUGUAGUGGAUAUAGUGUGUGUAAAUAUGUGGCGUAGAAUAGGGGCUGCAUACUGGGGAGGCUUUUAAAAGGACCACUCUAGGCACCCAGACCAGGAGGAGAGAAGGAGGAUCGGAGGAGGAGAGCUCUCCGCCCAGCGCUGGAAAAAGGUAAGUUUUUACCCCUUUCCCCCUUCCAGAGCCGGGCGGGAGGGGGACCCUGAGGGUGGGGGCACCCUCAGGGCACUAUAGUGGUCCUUUAAAGAAAGAAAAAAUGGGCAUGGGAGGCGGGACAUUACACUCCCUGUUGGUCCGAUGGCAUUGUGCAGGCGGCUGCUGCUCUUUCCAACUCUCGCAAGCCUGGCAUGUGUGCUGCGUGGAGCGUUGCGAUAGUAACCUACAGCAACGCUGUGAUGGCUGAGUACUCACAAGAGUUGAAAAGAGGAGCUGACGGAAACUGAAGAUGUUGUUUGCUGGGUCCACUCUUCACUAUACAAGCAGCUUGUCUCCGUGUCCUAUUUACUAUGUAAGACAUUAUUAUCUAAUACCUUUAGAUAAAGCUGCAUUUGUGCUUUUUCAAGCAGAUAUGUCUGUACAAUCAUGGAUGUAGCAAGACUCCUCUAACAAGCUCAUGUUUCAUAGAAUCUGUAGUAACAUUUGUCAAACACACAAAUGUAUACUCAGUUUUCUAAAUGUAGUUGUGGGAUUUAAAGUUUUGGUGAAAUCCACAUUUUUAUAAAAAAAUAUUUUACAUCUUAGUAGAAUUUAAUUUUAGAAGUGUUAUCUUUUAAAUAGUUUUGCUAUAUAUGAUGAGUAAAAAGAAAAGCAAACUGGCUAGUUUCUCACAAGAAGGACAAUGCCUCAAUUUGCAUAUGAGAAUAAAAUAAAUAUCAAUAUUUUGAUUAAAAAAAAAAAAAAAAACUUGGAGUGACCGCACUCAGAGGAUUUAAUUUAAGUCCUGUAUAAUAAAAUAUAACUUUUAAUUCAUACAAUUAAAAAAAAAAAAAAAAAUCAUUAACGUUUCAGCCCCAAUACAUGGGCUUUCAUCAGGAUGGCAAUAAAAUACAUACAUAUACAACAUACUAAUAUAGGUAAACAUAAGAAUACUCACUGCCUUCAUGUGUGGAGAGACGGCAGCUGGCGUUCCGGGUGCACGUGGGCAAGCUGAUCAAAGUGCCUUAACCAAAGUUGCUAGGUGAUCAGUGGAACGCAAACCAUGUAUAAGUUACUGCACUUCAGUAUCGGUGAAUAUUGAGGUGAUCCAGCUGUGUGCAGACUACUAAGCUUCAGCUCUGCCUAAAAAGGCUAUCAAAUUUUUUUUACAAGAGACUAAAAAAUAAAGAAAUGUCAGCAUUAUUAAAAACAAUGGAGAGUGUGCUUUGAUAUGACCGUUUACUAUACAGCUUUUCUCUGACGUUGGGUAUGGGAGAGCAUGGCUAAUCCAAUCACACUCAGCCAGCUCGGAUCUCCCUGACGUUUUACAGGAAGGGAGAUUAUACUUAUUGUAGGUUAGUGGGAUGAAUUGGAACUUUACAAAAAACUUUCAAUAAGUAUAGAUCACUAGACUGUAGCUAUGCUUGCUACUAGAUCGCUCCCCAGCGUCCAAUACAGGGGAGUGUGAUUGAUCCCAUCCCACUCAACCAGCCCAGUUAUCCCUCGCUCACUAGUGGAAGGGGGAUGAAUGAAAUUACUGAUCAAAGGGUGUUAUAAUUGAUAGAUGCUUCAUAAAAUAAUUAUUAAAUAAUAAAUAGAGUGUACCUUUACAUCAUGCAAAAAUGCCAAUACUGGGGUCUCCCCACCAUGAAAAGGCAGAUGAGACAUUUAAAAUCAAACUUGUUGAGAGAAUAAUUGAGGUCAAAACAACUAUUUUCAUAUAUAUAUAUAUAUAUAUAUAUAUAUAUAUUUGUGUAUGUGUGUGUGUGACAGUUAAGCAGCUGUUCUGUACAUGUUUCAUUUGUUUUUUUGUCCCCCAAACAAACUGCUUCAAAUUCCAAACGCCUUCCCCACUAAUAUUACUCUUUUUUGUUUUGUUUUAUUUUGUUAAUGUAAUCAAUAGUAAAAUCAUCAGAAUUUAUAAAUAAAAUCCAAAAAGGGAAUAAAAAGUGAAGGAAAACUAUUUUAUUUGAGAAGAAAAAAGUCUCCAAUGUAUAAUGUGUGACUUAAAGGGAUAUGUUCUAAUUUAUAUAGAAGAAAACUGCACGUGUACACGAAACUGGCGCAGAUAUACCUUCCAAGUAUCUGUAUUUAGGAGAGCCUAAAUCUUUCUGUCCCUCUUCUUUUUUUUUUUUUUUUCAUCCCAGUGGUCCCUUUUUUCUUGAAGCUCCGUAUAGUUGUUGUUUAACAAAGCUGUAUAGAAGGUCCCCAGCAAUAGUACUCACAGUAAUGUAAAUUACGAUAAAUGUGUUUAGAAAUCAGUCUGUGUAAAUAAGAUUCAAUGUUCUUGAGAAAAUUGAGAAAUUUUAGAUGACUUACUAAUUUCAACCCCGCACUAGGUAAAUCCCCUACUCGCACCCCUAAAACUAAGGUAUCUUCUUUUGUCCAUUUCAUAUGUCGGGAGGUAGGCAUAGAUGUGAGAGUGAGUGCAACUAUUUUUUUUUAAUUAUUAUUUUUUUUUUUUUUUUUAUAUACAUGCAUAAUUCUCGAUGUGUGAUGUUUACUUGACUUUUCACUCCUGAUAAUCAUUUAUUUUCCCUUUUUAUUUCUCCCUUUCCUUCAGGUGAGAACAGCAUGAACCAAGGCCUGAUACUAAUACUAUGGGUUCCAACCGAGUAACUGCAAAAGAACUUUGUGAUAAUGAUGACCUGGCAACAAGUUUGGUGCUUGACCCAUAUUUGGGGUUUAGGACCCACAAAAUGAAACUGAAGUGAGUUGUGUUUUCCUGUAAAUACAGUAAUGUAUGCAAAUACAUAAUUUCAAACCUGGAAACUACCAAUUUAUGUCUUGCUUCAAACUCUCUGAUGUUGUUUGUCAAAGCAUGCACAAUAGCCUCCCAAUGCUUUCCUAUGGGAGAUCAUCAAGAUUUCCACGGGCGUGGUGUGGGAAAAAAGGUGAGUAAAAACACCUUUCCCAUGCGAUUGGAGACGGGAUGGUCACCUAUAUAAUUUAACACUAUAGUGUCCCGAAUACAUGUGUGUGUAUUUCUGACAUUGUGUUCCUUUAAGUAUGGUAGACUUCAGUGCAAACCCUCUGCUGCUUCCUCAAGGGUUUCAAACCAACCUUGUACUGGUUUUUCUAUGUAUAAAAGUUUAACUCUUACUUUGUGUACUGAAUACCAGAAUUUAUUGACCCUGUAUACAUUUACGUUGUUAAUAUAAAACAUCUUCGGAUUGAUAUGUUUAAUACCAGGCUUACAAUUACAGAAUGCAGAGGUGACCUUGUUUUAAAUAUAUUCAAUCUGUUUUGUAAUGUAGUUAUAGAUGCAAUUUAUUAUUCAUCUGAAAAGCAUCUUGUCAAACAGGUCAACUUUAAAGCACAAAAUCUCCUUACAGACCUUUUGAAUGACUUUCUCUCAGUGUAAUGGAAAUAAUGCAUGUUUUUGCUUAUCACAGUGAAGUGUUUAGUGAUGGAGGAAUGCAGGAGAUCUAUCUGUUACUUAGUGGUUUACUCAGAAAACCAAAUACCACUCAAAUAGUAGUGGGCUGGAAAAAAAUCUCCAAUUCUAUUUUUGCCUCAAUUAAUCAGUUUUCCAUUUCCCUGUUUCGUAAAUAAAACUCUUUGUAACAGACAAGCUUAAGUAGAAAAAAAUGAAUGGAAUCCAAGUCUAAAUUAGUCUACAUUCAAUAUAUAUUUAUUUCUUAUUUGCAGUUCAUUGCCUUCCAUUAGAAGACAGCAUCACUUGCGUGAAGCAUUGCAAACAUUCCGUAAAAAUAGGGACCUGGAUGCAGCAUUUCGCCUCCUGACAACGGGAGAUUGGGCCAAACAGUAUUUCCAAAACCGCACAAAACAGCAUGAAACCACAUUGAAGACUCAUGUAAGUUUCUUCCCAUAUAUCUCUGCUGUUUACUGGCUAUAUAUCUGUAUGUUGCUUUAAGGUGAACACUUUAUCUUCACUUUAACCAUUACCUAUGUGCAAAACAUUUUGUAUCAAUAAAAUUCAUGGUUACAUCUCUGACUCUGCAGGCCUUAGUUAGCAUGUUAAAGUUAAUGACUGUACAAUUAGAAAAAAACAGAAUUAUGGUCUCCCAUGCAGGGUUGCCAGGAGAAAGCCUCUUCUCUAAAAAGAAUAUGGCAGCACGGCUUCGGUUUGCAAAGUUGCAUCUGAACAAAUCAUAAGACUUUUGGAAUAAUGUCCUUUGGACAUUUAACAUGCUAACUGACGCCUGUAGAAUCUGUUAUUUAACUCUUGGGUUUUUGAAAUUUCUCUGUGCGCUGCAUGGUCUGACUUUCGAAUUGUUAAAUGAUUGACUUUAAAUUGUUUGGAACUGGCCUUUCAACCCACCCUAGUUUGAUGGACAACAGGUGCUUCUCUAAGAUCAUUGCUUAUGUCUUUCCUACUUGGCAUUGUGUUAACACACACCUGAAUACUCCAGACUAGCAAACUUGUAGAAAUUUGGCUUUUAUAGAGGUGGUCACACUUGCUGAGGAUCAAAUGAUCAAUGGACAUUUGACUAGCAGCACAUGUCUGCUACUUUGCCUCUAAAUUCCUUUGCAAGCAGUAAGGGUGUACUUAGUUUUUCACAUGUGGCUUCUCCAUUUUGGCUUUAUUUAUGUUAAAUAAACCAUGGUACAGUGUAAUAUGUUAUGUGUUGUAAAUAUGAGGUUAUAUUUACCUUAUUUUAAGACCUGCUAAGGAACAGAUUGAUUGUUAUAAUGUCCGGCUAUGUAAAAACCAUAGAAUUCAAAGAGGGUGUGCUUUAAUUUUCCCAUGUUGUUUGAUCAAUUCUUCUUACAAAACGUCGGAGUAUUAAAAUGUGUAUUACAGCUUCCAGCAUAGUUAAAGGGACUCUCCAGUGCCAGGAAAAUGCUUUCCUAUGGGGAAUUGAGCGACACUGGAGGUCCUCACACAGCGUGAGGACGUCCAGCGACGCUCUAGCACAGGUUUUCUGUGCUAUAAUCCAGGAAGUGCCCUCUAGUGGUUGUCUAGACAGCCACUAGAGGUGGAGUUAACCCUGCAAGGUAAUUAUUGCAGUUUAUAAAAAAGUGGGAGUUGGCACCCAGACCACUUCUGCCCAUUGGAGUGUCCCUUUAAAACUCUACUUUGUUGUCCUAAUUUUGACAAUACUGCUUUCUUGGAGUCUAAAUAUCUGUGUCUACAGCUGUAAAUUAAGAUUUACCUUUAAGUGGAAUAUAGCCAAUAUAUUAUUUAUUUUUAUAUAUAUUUUCCAGAUAUUUAGAUAUUUGCGGAUGUACCUGCCAGAGAGUGGUUUUAUGAUUCUUCCCUGCAACCGGUACUCACUGGAAAAAAAUGGAGCCAAGGUAGUCUCUACUAGAUGCUGGUAGGUACAAAGCAAUCUCUGCACGAAAAAAGCUUUUAAAUGGGACUGCUUUUUGUCCUAAUCUCAGUACUUUCUUAACUCCUGGUAACCACCUGAUUUUAGUAAGAGUAGUUAGUAAAACUAGAAUUGAUGGUAUAGAAGUAAUGUAAGUAACUACUUUCUGUUCAGGUAUGCAGUAUCACUGAAAAAUAUAUUGAUUUGGCUAACAGUGAACGCAUGCAGCCAAGUUAAAUUUCCACACAUUUUACUUACACAAAGCCCAUAGUUUAAACCCUGGUGUUGUGAAAAAAGCCCUAAUAGCAGAGAACCAUUUUAUCAUGAAGUAUAGAAAGCUCUAGCAUAUUCCUCGUAACUAAACAAUGUACAGCAGGAAACAUUUGGUCACAAAAUUGUAUGUGUUGUGCCUUCUGGUAAUUACCAUGUAUGUGCCACAGUCUGAGUUAAAUUGGCACUUAGUAAUGAAUUCUCUGGGUGUCAAAGCUUUGAGUGAUUUAGUUCAUACUUUAAACCAUCUGUGUUGAGAUGUUAGUCACCUGGGGUCUGCAGUGACUUCUGAAUGCAUCUGAUAAAAUGACAGAACUCCUCAGUUGUUCUCUGUUGUUUGUAAAACACCACUGACGUUCAUAUUUUUGUGACAAUGUUUUUCCUUCUUGGACAAGUUAGAAUGUGAUUCCUGCAAUUAGGUAGUCCUUGAGAACUGCAAACUAAGUAAUACAUUUACACAUAUGGUGCAUGAAGGCCUAAGGCCUUGUUUAUGUUCAUUUGCCAUUUGAGGAAAGGCUGUUGGCCAGAUUCCUAUUUGAUUUGUAUUUAUAUAUUUUUUUUGUACAUACUAACCAACAUAUUGAUGCUAUAUAAAGUCUGUGUGUUUUGGCAAUUCUUUUAAUGUUGCAAGUGUUUCUACCUUUUGACCGCUGAUUAUUUUUACUGUUUGCUUAUAAAACUGUAAAUGAGUUUAAAGCUUUCUAAAAUUGAAUGUAAGAUAAGUUUAUUUGAUUUUUAUAUUUUUUAGGGUAAAGAAUGAAAAGAUUGAACUGCUUGUUGGAUGCAUUUCUGAACUAACCAAAGCAGAUGAAAGUCUUCUGCGCUUUGGGGAGAAUGAUUUCAGCGUAAUGUACUCCACUCGAAAGAAAUGUGCUCAGCUCUGGUUAGGGCCUGCUGCUUUCAUCAAUCAUGGUGAUUUAUUUACAUAUUGUUCUUUGACUUAGAUCUUCAUGUUCCUAUGGUAGUGUACAGGUUGAGUAAUAAUUAGGGGAAUACUGUAAGUCACAUAACAUCUUCACCUUAUUAAAGCUGUUAUAGUGCCAUAAUGCUGCCCCUUUUGUCCUAACUUCCAGUUCUACCUAUUGUCUUAUAUUGAGGCUUGAAAGCACAGUUUUAAUCCACGCUUCCAAGCCAUCUAAAUCAGAAUAUAUUCCAGAGUUGGUGACUUCAGCAUGCUUAGUGUGCUGAUUGUGAUGGACUUGCAGGUGCUGCUCAUCAGCAAUUAGUGCCUGUAAGUAUAAACCUUGUCAUAAAUAGAGCUGCCUGAGGCCCCGUGCCCAUGCAGCAUUAGCCAUCACAGAAGGAUGUGUUUAAAUGCUUCUCUGUGAGAAGCAUUUGAUUGGGAGAUUGCUGUGACUGCCUGCAUGCGUCUUUGGUCCAGCUUCAUACAGGAAGUAUUGUAUUGGACCGAAGUACUCAACAACAGGCUGCAAAUAUCUGUAUCAAACCUCUGUGCUCAAAGUCCUUUAUAUAAAGGCAUGAAUUACAAGGCAAGACUUUCAUCUCUGUGCACUCAGAUAAUUCCCAUACUGAUACUAUACUUGCCAAACUUGACCUGUAGAAGACGCAUCUUCAUUGAUAACUGAAAGCAUACUUUUAUAAUGUAAUAAUGGUCUGACUAUGAAAUAAGAUUCCAAUUGCAUCUCCUACUGUUGAUUGCACUGAUAUUACGCUUGAUUUGUAUUUUAACAGUCUCUUGUUUUUUGUUUUUCUUCUCCUCCUCAAUGGUUCGAAGAUUGCCGGCCAAACUGCAAGGUAUGCCUUUGAAAAAUUAUAUAUAAUUGCAGAGUGAUCUCUGUACAUAGAGUGGUGCUAACAAAAUGCCAACUAACCAGGCCUGCACAUGUGCGUUGUUAAAUAACUCUAACCUGAGCAGGAAAGCUUGCAAGCAGUGUGUUAGUGCUUGCGGAAUACUUUCUGUUGACGUUUUAUACUGACUAGAAGUAGAAAACCAGAAUAAAUCUGGGGAUAGCAGAAUCAUUAUCAUUUCUUGUUGGACAUGGGAUAACACUAUAAUAAAGGUAUAACAGACUCUAUUUAAAUUGUUAGCUAUAUAUUAUUAAAAUGUAUUGUAAGUUGCUUUAAUCAAACUCCUGCACUCUAGUCCGCUAGCAUAAAACAGGGUUAUGGUUUCUCCAUUCUUUUUCACAUUAACCCCUUAAGGACCGAGGACGGUUCAGGACCGUCAUCGGCAUUUUUGCGUUGCCGAACGAUGACGGUCCUGAACCGUCCUAACGGUCAGAGCUACUUACCUGAUCGCCGUCGUUCCCCCGGCGGCGAUCAGCGUGGCUCCGGUUGUGGGGAGACUGCCUGCAGCCCAGGCAGUCUCCCCACGGCAGAUUAGGACCCCUGUGGCCAUGUGAUCGCUUAACACAGCGAUCACAUGGUCACAAUAGGUGUCCAUAGUGCUGCCUGCAGGGGGACUGUCUGUGCUGACAGGCAGUCUCCCUGCUAGUGUAAAAUCAAAAAAUAAAUUAAAGUUAGUGUUAAUAAAAAAAAUUAAAAUAAUUAUAUAUGUGUAUAUAUGAUAUAUAGACAUAUAUUAUACCUAUGUAAUAUAUGUCUAUAUAUCAUAUAUAUAUAAUGUCAUACUAAGUGUAUUUUUAUAUUAAUAUGUACUUAUAUUAAUAUAAAAAUACACUUAUAAUUAAAUUACACACGUAUAUAUAUAAUAUAUAUAAUAACUAUAUAUAUUGUAUAUAUAUAUUAUUAUAAAAUAUAAAUAAUAAGUAAUUUAAAUUAAAUAAAAAAAAUUUAAAAUAAUAAUAAAAAUUUAAAAAAAAUUAUAUAGCUAUAUGAAAUUUUAUUCUAACUGUAUUUUAAAAUUAAUAUAUAUAUAUUUAUAUCAAAAUACACUUAGAAUGAAUUUGUAUAUAUAUCUAUGUAUAUAAAAAUAAAUAAAAAUAAUAAGAAAUAUACAUACGUCCAUAUACAAAAUUACAUAAAUAAUUAUAUAAAUAUACACGUAGACUUCAAAUAUAUAAAUAUGCAUAUAUAUUUAAAUUCUACGUGCGUAUUUAUGUAAUAUUUUUAAAUAAUUCAGUAAUUUUAUUGAUUGCAAUUUGAGGGACCUGCCUGCCAACCCAGGCCGAAAUUCCAGAGAAUUUAAUUUGCUAGCACUGUAUUUUACCCUGUAACGUUCUACGACACCCUAAAACCUGUACAUGGGGGGUACUGUUUUACUCGGGAGACUUCGCUGAACACAAAUAUUAGUGAUUCAAAACAGUAAAACAUAUCACAGCGAUGAUAUUGUCAGUGAAAGUUACUUUUUUUGCAUUUUUCACACACAAACAGCAGUUUUACUGAUGAUAUAAUUGUUGUGAUACGUUUUCCAGUUUUUAAACACUAAUAUUUGUGUUCAGCGAUGUCUCCCGAGUAAAACAGUACCCCCCAUGUACAGGUUUUAUAGCAUUUUUGAAAGUUACAAGGUCAAAUAUAUGGGUCAAAUAUUUUUACAUUGAAAAUGGCCAGGUUGGUUACGUUGCCUUUGAGAGCGUAUGGUAGCCCAGGAAUGAGAAUUACCCCCAUGAUGGCAUACCAUUUGCAAAAGAAGACAACCCAAGGUAUUGCAAAUGGGGUAUGUCCAGUCUUUUUUAGUAACCACUUGGUCACAAACACUGGCCAAAAUUAGCGUUCAAUUUAGUUUUUUUACUUUUUUCACACACAAACAAAUAUGAAUGCUUACUUUGGCCAGUGUUUUCGACUAAGUGGCUACUAAAAAAGACUGGACAUACCCCAUAUUGAAUACCCUGGGUUGUCUACUUUAAAAAAAAUAUGUACAUGUGUGGUGUUAUUCAGAGAUUUAUGACAGAUAAUAGUGUUACAAUGUCACUAUUGAUAAAUUUUAAAAAUGUAUGUUUUGAAACCGCAAUAUCCUACUUGUACCUAUAGCCCUAUAACAUGCAAAAAAAGCAAAAAAGCACGUAAACACUAGGUAUUUUUAAACUCAGGACAAAAUUUGGAAUCUAUUUAGCAGUUUUUUUCAUUCGCUUUUGUAGAUGAGUAAAAGAUUUUUCAAGUAAAAGUAAAAAAACAUGUAUUUUUUCAAUUUUUCAUCAUAUUUUUUUAUUUUUUUUAAAUUAAAAUACAUGAGAUUAUAUAAAUAAUGGUAUGUAAAGAAAGCCCCUUUUGUCCUGAAAAAAACAAUAUAUAAUUUGUAUGGGAACAGUAAAUGAGAAAGCGGAAAAUUACAGCCAAACACAAACACCACAAAAGUGUAAAAAUAUGCCUGGUCGCAAAUGUACAACAUCGCAAAAACAGUCCAGUCCUUAAGGGGUUAAUAUAUCCGAAGGUGUGCUUAAGUGAUGCAGCAGGCAAGAUUUGCAUAUGGCCAUUGCUUGCCAAGCACUGUGUGGGUUUGUGCAUGGGCUAGUAGCCCACAGUAUUUCCCUGUGGACUGCAAUAUCUGAGAUUGACCAGGCUGGCAAACUAUGACUAUUAUUAUUACUGUUAAGAGUAUGUAUGAUGCCUGUGGGGUUGUUUACAAGUGAUAUAAGACAACCGUGCUCAUCACAGUCAUAACAGAAUGGAUUGUCAUUGGCAACCAUGGCAUUAUGGGAAAAACAGUCUGUCUGCGCAGAUCUCUGAAUGAUACAUCAUGGUGCUCACAUCAUGUUGAAGAUUACAGGCAUAUACACUUCACAAAUCCAACCUCUAUCUGAUAAACACAUAUUGUAAGCUGUGCAUGAGAGGUCAUCAACACAGAGAUCAGAGUUUUGUGUUGUUAAAAAAAGUAUUCCACACCAUGCAUACAGGGUUUUAUCCAUGUGUUUGUAUUUGAUGCCCUUAGGAAAUAGUGUAUUCGUAUAAUCAACAAAGAAAAUCCAAAGUAACUUUUUUAUUUCUUUUCUUUUUUUCAAUUGUUUUAGUUUGUGCCGACAGACGGGAAUGCUGCUUGUGUGAAAGUUCUCAGGGACAUUAAGCCAGAUGAAGAGAUUACAUGUUUCUAUGGAGACAGUUUUUUUGGUGAGAAGAAUGAGAUGUGUGAAUGCUGCACAUGUGAGAGGUGAGCUUUCCUUUUGUUAUAAUUAUUUUACUGAUCAUUCUUUUAUAUUAAUGUGCAUAGUAAAUUAUAGACUAGAGUUUUCCUCAAAUGCAUCUUUCUCUCUACAUCGUAAAUAGCAGUUGUGUGGCACCAAUUGUUUUGUAAUGAAAAUGUCAUCGACAAAAGUGGAAAUAAAGUAACACAGUAGAUUUUGUAAGAUUGCCUUAAAUUUGUUAUGUAUCUUAGCCAACCAUCCAAAGAGGACAAUGAAGAUGACGUGGAGAUGAAUUAAAUUUACAAGCAUGGGGGAGAUUGAAUUAAAUUUAUGUUUCCCUUUAACUUAUGCUUGUAUUCUCAGAAUAUUCAGAGAAUAGCUUAAUAAAAUAAACACAAUAUGUUUGUCUCUUGAACUUGUUAUAUCCAAUUACCACUUCAGUUUUAGUUCAAAGAAUUUCUGGAUAUUGAGUUUAGACCAUUACUAUAGAUUAAGUUGCCAAUCUAUGUAAAUUUAAACUUUUACUGUCUUGCAGAAGAAGGGAGGGGCUUUCAACCUAUGUAAACUUUUUAUAUCUUGCAGGAGAGGGGAGGGGGCUUUCAAGCUACGAAAAAGAGAACAGUCUGAAUCUACCUCAUUAGAAAAAUACCAGCUUCGAGAGACAGAUGGCCGCCUGCUAAGGUUGCAAGAGCCUAGUUGCAAGCAAAACCAGCAUGGUGCUAAUCGAAAAAAGAAUCUCCACGGUUAGUUAACAUGUUAAUUCUUUUAUUUUUUUUUAUUUCUCCAAUGGCUUUAGAAAUGGAAAGCAAUCAAUAAUCUGAGGACAUCUCAUCAGCAUAGCUCAAAAUUUCACUACUGACCUAGAAGCCAGGCCUAAAAGUUAUUCAACAAAUAGGAUUUUGAAUGUGGGAUUCUGUGUGAGAUUGCAUGGGUGAAUGUGCACCUCUUUCCUGUUCCGUUGCCUUUUGCCCUAUCUUUUACCAUGGUAUGUGACAUCCGUUAUCUGAAAAUGUGGAGCAGGGGGCAGUGUUAGCUGCCUCCCCAUUUCACUUUUCUACCUUUAAUUGCCAAAGUCACUUUGCAUGCCACACAUUUAAACCCUAGGUCACUUUGCCACAUUACCUACUCCAACUACCAUGACCCUAUAAUUUUCCCUUUUGAAAGUGCGUAUGAAACCGCAUCAUGCAAAUCCCCUUCUUCUAUCUAGGAAGGACAAUGGCAUACAAUAAAGACACCCAUUACCAUCUGCUUUUGCCUCCCUACACAGACAGGACCUAGCAUUAAUCAGUAGGUUAUUUCAACUGCUUUUUUGUUUCCUGAGCAAGCUGGAAGCAGUUGGGGACUUUGUUUCUGGGAUUACAUUAAACCAGCCUCUUUUAAUUACUCUUCGGAUGGAGGUUCGCUAUUUGCAUUCUAACAUUCCUAUUAAAACCACAGUAAAUCUGGCAGCUCUCAGGAGAAGUUUUAGUUAAAGGGACAUGCAUUAUUUUGAGACUGUCUAAUUCAAAAGUUUAAGCUUUGAAUUACUCAAUUGGCAAAAAAAAACAGGUAAAUAUUAUUAUUAAUAUUAUUAUUGUUUUGUUCCUCCCCCCCCCAUAUUUACCUUCUUCUUUCUUGUGCUUUCCAUGCACACACGAGGGGGGGGGGGAGCGCGCCGCCUGAUUGACUUUAUUUCCUGUUUCCCGGCGGCAUCAGUGGAGGGAGCAGUGCUGGAACAGCAGGUAAGUCAGUGCUCCCUCGCGCCCACACCCUCUCACAGCAGCGGGAAGUAAUCGGAUUCAGGAGGAGAGAAGAGGAGAUGCUGCUGGGAGAAUGGAAGAGGAGGAGGAGAUGCUGGAGGGAGAGGGGGAUAUGCUGUAGAUAGAGAAGAGGAGAAUUAGUUUGGACAACUGUAUGAGUUAUUUUUUCUAAACUUAAAGGGACACUAUAGUCACCAGAGCUUAUUGAAUUUGUUCUGGUGAGUAGAAUCAUUACCCUCAGGCUUUUUGCUGUAAACAAAACUUCACUGGCCACUCAUCAGAUAGCUGUUCGAGAUCCUUCCUGGGUCAUGGCUGCCUAAAAUGCAUCCAAACAUCUCCUCCUUCUGCAUGCAGACACUGAACUUUCCUCAUAGAGAUUAAUUGAUUCAAUUCAUCUCUGUGAGGAGAUGCUGAUUGGCCAGGGCUGUGUUUGAAUUGCUGGCUCUGCCCCUGAUCUGCCUCCUUGUCAGUCUCAGCCAAUCCUAUGGGGAAGCACUGUGAUUGGAUCAGGCCACCACUUCUGAUGAUGUCAGCAGACAGCUUCCUAUUCUGAGGCAAACCGUAUGCAGAGCUACAACUUCAGGCUUGAAUACAAGUAAGAUUUUGCUAUAUUUAGGGAGGCAUGAGAGGCCCAGGGAGGCUAGCUGGUGGUUUAAACACUAUAGGGUCAGGAAUACAUGUUUGUGUUCCUGACCCUAUAGUGUUCCUUUAAACCUCAGUAUUCAGGUUUAAUUGAAGAAAAAAAGUUGUCAUGUAUUGCGGUUUGGACACUCUGGCUCGAAAAGGUUCACCAUCACUGUCCUAGGAGACGCCAGCCGUUGUGCAGUCAUGCAUGACACUUUCCUGGGUGUGUUCGUGUGUUAUGACUUUAGGUUUUCUUUAUUUAGUAGCGCAAUUGCAUACAUCUGACUAAUUCACAUCUCUCCAUGUAUCAUUCGAAGCCUUUUGUAAACCAUUUUAUGUAAUGAUAGUACAUGUAACAGUAAUGAAGUCUGUGCAAAGUUACUCCAAGCAACAUGAACACUUCAGUCUGCAUGUGCAGCGUUUCGCUUAGAAACACUGCACAUAUGCUUAGAAAUGCUGCACAUAUGGAGAUUAACUACUAAGUUGCCAGAGAUGUAACUCCACCUCCGGCAAUGUCAUUAGCCAAUUAGCUUUACAUGUCAGCAAUUUCAUGUUAUGUCCUAAUAGUACACCUCACUUUUUUUUUUUCACACAUAGAUAUCUACUCUGCUGAAUACUCAUAUUUCAACCUAUAGUCCGGUCAUUUCCACUGUCUCACUCAGAGACUGACUAUGAUAUCCAUCUUCUGAACUCUGUCUUGUAAUGUCAUAAUAAGGGUUCUGUAACAUUUACACUUUUUAUUAAUUAAAUUUUUUCCUUAAAGCUUGACAUUAUAAAAUUGUUUAUGCUAUAUUGUCAAGUGUGCUGCAUAGACUUUGUUCUGUAAUUACAGUGGAAGCUAUAUUUAUAUAGUGUCAAAAACCAAAGUGCUGAACAUGUUAAGUAAGGGCCUUUCAAUAUAUCUGCUAAAAAUUAUAAAUACAAAUUCACUGUGUCUAUUUAUCAAUAUAAACACAUACAACUAAUUCGUACUUACUCUUUCUAGACUAUAUGCAGAGGUGCCGACAAUUAGUUGUCAUUAUUCCCAUGAGUCUCAGCAUCUCUUGAUAUUUUGUUAGCAUAAAGUCAUGAGCGUGCACGUAGUUUCUCAUACAUGCGCUAGUUCUUGUGAAACUAAGAUGGGACAAUUAAGGGGUUGAUGAAAGGCGGGAAGUAGGCCUACGCAGAGGUGUGCCAGAGAAAGCAAACACAAUAUUUAUAGUAAGUGUAUAAAUAUUUAUUACAUACUUUUCUUCUUUAAUUUUAUUUUUCUAUGCUUGUGUGAGUGUUCGCUGGUUUAAAAAAAAUAAAAUAAAUGUCAAGUGGUACAUGUCCCUUUAAAAAAAACAAAAAACAAAAAAAAAAACCCUAUAACUGAUGUUUCGAAAUUAUUUGCCUAAAAAGCAGCAGACAAAGCUAUGUAUUAUAUUGAUAGAGUUAAUGUUUCAGUGUUGAAAUAAAUAACUUGGUAAGUCUCUUCUUGACCAAGCUAGAACACUAUAUUUUAUGUAUGGUUCAAUACCUCUGACUUUCAUCAAACUAGAAAUCUAAAUUCUAAAAACUAAAAUCUUAUUUUACUGCAUGUAUACAUGUAUACUAAACUAUUUUUAAAAUAAAAUUUUAUACAGUGUCUUGUAACUUCAUCUUACUAUAUGAACAGGUGUCUGUACGUAAAUUCCACUUGAAUUAUGCCUUUGGGGCUUGGGGACCUACUAAUAACACGCUCUGAUUAGUUUGUAAUUUCUCUCUCUUUCAGGUUCAAAAUACAGGCUGUCGUCCAGUCCAAAAAAGAGGCAUGCAAACCGCAGAAAUCCAAUACUGUCUCCAAGACUCAGGUCACUUACUUCACCUCCAAAUUACCGCACUUUGAAUCCAGUGAGGUACUCGACCUCUGAAGAAAAGAAUUCAUACUCUGUGUUGAAAUUUGCUCUACCUAAGGGGACUGUUUUAAAACCUGUUCGUAUCAUCCUGCAUAACUAUAAGAAGUGUAAAGAUGGUUACAAUCUCCAGAGGACACGUGGUGGUCACUGCUGCAAACUUUCAAAAGAGCCUGUAGUGUCUCUGCGACGGCAAACUUUUGGCUUUGAAAAGUUACAAGUCCUAUCAAAUAAUGAGACUGAUACAAGCACCCCAAGUAUACUGUCUCAAGCAGUUGAAGAUGUUGAAACUGUUGUAUUAGAACAAAAUGCCAAAGAUCACUCUUUGUUUGAAACAUGUGUAGGAGAGAACAGUGUGGAAGAGCAAACUAUGGAUGUGCUUUGUGAAACACAUUCAGUUUUCUCUUUUACUGAUUUGGAUUCCCAAACUAGCAGACAAAAUUGUGAUGGUACCCCCAGCUGUGUUUCUGACCAAGAUGUUUCUUCAGUGGUAUUGUUGGACAAGCGUGGGUUACCUCCUGAUAUAGGGACAACAUAUCACCAGCUAGAGACUAUAGACAAUGAUUCUCCACCUUCAGGCUCCCAAGCUGAAAAUCUCCAAUGUCUGCUAGAUGAUGCAAAUGCCCCAAAAUCAAAAUUAAACAAUAUUUCACCUGUGCAGUUUGGGAUAAAACAUUAUGUUACUGUAAAUCUAGGGAAGCCUGUUGUAUAUGAAACUCAAAAUCUAAAAUCCGCCAGUUUAAACACCUCAAACCAUAUAAAUAAUACAUAUAAUCACUCUCUACCUGCUAUGAUCUCUCAGGCCCAGGUCAAUAUAACGCAUGAAACCCUCAACCACACUGUUGACCAAGACACUGGAAAUGUAGAAUCUGCACAGUUAAAUAAGCCAUAUACGCGCAAAAUUUUCUCUUUAAGGUCCAGACCAAUACAGUUUACGGAAAGGAAAGAUAUAAUUAAUAAGGAUCACUUAAGACAAAAGAAUGGAGCCUUUAUUCAUUCAGGGCAAGAAAAGCUGAAUUUUAAUGGUCAUGUAAAGAUGACCAGUCAGACUGCCCAUGCCGUACCUCGUCAGUGUAAUCUGGUUAUACAAGAACACCUUAAUGUAGAAAUGCAGUUGGAUCCCAAAUUGUGUCUAAAGCCAUAUGUAAAGUUGGGUUUGAACAACACUCUAAAACGAAAAUGCUCAGGUACUGGAAAAUGCUCUAACACCUCGCUAACAGAAAUAUCAACUGGUGAUUUUAUUCAGGAAAGUAAUACACAGCAGGCAAAACUCCCAACAGAAGAUGAACAGAAAAAAAAUGUCUCGUUCAGUCCAUUUACUCCUUCCAAGAGACUACGCCUGGUGGUGAAUCAUGGGUCUAUAGAUCUAGACGUUGCGUCCACCUCAAGCGAAGAAACUUGUUGAAUGGUUUAUUGAACUUGCCCUUCCUUUCAGCCUAUGAAAUAUAAGUUAUUGUAUUUUGCUAUAUGACGGUAGAAGAGAGAUUUAACUGGUGCUGGCAUUGUCAGAACAUUUUACUCAGUUUGGGUGCUAGGAUAUCUUUCCUCAUCUUAUGUUUUCUGCCUGAUAAUGGCCUCUACUUAAUCAUCUUCACUAAUGUCCAAAAGAGCUAUUCAGAGGAGAUGCACACCAGUUUGCCUUAGUUUCCAAAGCAGGUGGAAAACAACUUUAUCAAUCUUUCACUAGUAUAGCACAAACAAGUGGUUUUUGUUUUGUUUUUCGGUAUUCCAUUGUAAGUUAUGCACCUGCUCCUAUUGGGUUCCUAUUUUCUUCUCCUCAACUUUAAUGGUGCUAAAUCAAAGACAUUCUUUAAGGAUCUGAAAUGCACUUGAAAUUUAUAAGAUUAUGUUGAUGUAAUGAAAGAAGAGUUGUUACUUUUAGCGAGUAGUCUAUUGUACUAGUGUAGGUCCUGCAGAAGUCAGGUGCGCAUGUUGUGUAUCUCAAAGGACUGAAAUACAUUUUUGCAGGGGGGGGGGAUAAAUAUAAAGAUUUGUCACUGAUACAAAGUAAAGCCUUAAGCAUGAUGCCUCACUCCCUCUUUUUCCUUUUAUCUAUGAUUCAAAGGGCAGAAUCAAAAUGUUCUUACAGGUGAGUUUAUGGUGCAUUUUUAAAUUAAGUGCUGCAAGCUCUUUUUUUGUUUUUAAUUCCCUCCCUACCUACCCAUUGUUUACCAAUGUGUCAAGUAAGUGCACUACCUUUUGUGUAGGUAUAGGAAACUAAACAUAUCGGGCCUGAUCUGCUUUAAAUUGUUUAUGGUAACUUGAACUAAACAAUGUUUAUUCAAACUACACAUAUUUUACAGAGUACAGUUCAUGCUUGAAAAAGAGCAGUCUCUUAAAACAUUCAUCCUACCAUAUCUCCUAAUAAGCUGUCAUUUGAAUUGACACUGGAUUCAAUGGGUUUAAAGGAAUACUCCAAAAACCAUAACCACUACAGUGUGCUGCAGUAAUUAUUGAAAGUAGUUAAACUGUUAUUAGAACAAAAUUCCUUCAUACCUGACCUCGGUUGAUGCUGCUUCCCACUUCCACUUCAGUUAACAUAGAGUUGUUAGCUACUGCUUAGGAGCUUCAGUUGGCAAUUGUGAACUAAGCCCUGCAGUGCCAGCUUAUUGGCUGAGAAUGUCAGGCAACAAGGUAAGGACUGCACCGCCAGGCUUAGUUCAGACAGAGUGCUUCUGACACUCCUGUAACUGUAGUGUAGGUGAGAAGCGGUAAUAAGUCAACCUUUUUAUAAUGUUUGUUUUUUUAUAUACUUCACAUUGGAGGGCUCCAGGACACUUUGAAACCAUAACCACAACCGCACACUAUAGCGGUUAUUAUGCCUGAAGAAACUUCUGUGACAGUUUUUUUGGAGAAGUCCCUAACAUGAUGCCCUGGUUAACAGCUGUCCAAUCUACUUUAACUCUGCUUUACUUUAAUUAUUUCAUUAAAUGCUUAACCGCAGAACAUUAACCUCUUCAUGACAGGUAACCUGUCGACUCUCCUAAAUGGGUUUACCUGACACCUUAUCAUAAAGUAUUUAAACAUACUGGCCCAGGGGUUGUCAAAAAUGUGUCCCUUCAGCUGUUAGUGGACAUCAGCCCUCCUUAGUGCUAGCCAUAUAAUAACAGAGAAAACACUCUGAGGUUGCCGGUUUACUUGUUUAUGUUGGUCUAUACAGCUAUUGAGAUAUAGAGAGGUUGAGUUUUGUAUUAUGGUUUAAUUUGGUUAUGUUACUUUUUGCAAUUUGCAUAAGGAAAAAAACACCUCCUUCCGAUACAGUUUAAUCCGUGUCUCUAGCUUAUUGAUUGCUAAGAGCUUUAUAUGCCAUAUUGUUGCAUCUAUACAGAAUCUAGAAUUAAUUUUUUCCUAAGUGAACGUUCAGAAGAUUAAUGUAAGACGAGUAGUUUCCUGUAUGAAAAGAUGAGCCGUUAGUGUUUUUAUCUUCAAUAUUUUAGUAUAUUUAAUAAAAAAGCAUUUUUAAUAGUUUUAAUAAUAUACCUCCUUGUUUUUCUGCAAAAUAUCCCACUAAUAGCAAAAACCUAUGACCUGCAAAGGUUGGGUACAGGG